AUGAGCACAAUUGAAGCUCUGUUCAUCUUUGAUGAGCAUAACACACCUCUCCUCGAACACACCUACAACGGCCGCCCCGCCUCAGGCAGCACCCUCCUGCCCCUCUACCUCUCGCACCCCACGCCGCGACCGUCGCUCAUAUACCUCCCCUCCACUAACCCCGCCACGCUCCUCUACUCUAUCGUCCAAGACCAACUGCUCUUCCUGGCCCCAUGCUCCUCGGACACUCAACCACUGCAAGUCCUCGAGUUCCUGCACCGCGUCGCCGAUGUGCUGGAAGACUACCUCGGCGCGCCGCUGCUCGCGAGUAAAAUCGAGAGCAACUAUGACGUCGUCGCGCAGCUGCUGAACGAGAUGGUGGAUGGCGGCAUCAUCAGCUGCACGGAGCCGAAUGCGCUGCGCGAUCUGGUCGAUGCGCCGUCUUUGAUGAAGAGUCUGCUGGGGAACGUAGGGUUGCCGAGCACAACACCGAGCUCUUUGGCGCCUUCCGCUACGCCGUUCUCGCUCGGGAGAGGGGGAGGCCCGAGUCCGCGGCUGGGUCCGUCGAAUGCGGCGCAGAGUACGUCGCCGGUGCCGUGGCGGAGGGCGAAUGUCAGGCAUACGAGUAACGAGAUGUACGUUGAUAUUGUCGAAACGCUGUCUGUCACGCUCUCGCCCUCUGGCCGCCCUCUCUCAGCCAUCGCAAACGGGACUAUAGCAUUCACCGCAAAAGUCUCCGGCAUCCCGGACUUGAUUCUCCACCUGGGAUGUCCAGGCGGCAUAUCAAAUGCCAUUUCACUCCCUGUCUUCCACCCCUGCGUGCGGCUCAACCGUUGGAAGGAAAGGCCUGGCCAACUAUCCUUCGUGCCACCAGAUGGCCGCUUCGUCCUCGCUGGGUAUGAGGUCGACCUCCUCGGCCCCUCCGCUCUAGACGCCUUCACCACAUCCACCACCAAGCAAAGCCUACCAAGCCUCAACAUCCCCGCCACAGUCUCCGUACAUACCUCCCUUGGCCCCAGCGGGAGCGAUUUCCAAGUCCGCCUCCAGCUCAACCCCCGCUUCACCGGCAAAUCGUCCGCGCCUCCCCCCUCUUCAGCAUCUGGGCGAGGCGGUCUCGGGUCCAGAAUCGCUGCAGGCGGCGGAGCAGGGACAUCGACCGCCCCCGCGAUCGAGGAAAUGACCAUCCACAUCCCACUCCCUUCCUCAGUGCACAACAUCCUCGACCUGCGCGUGGCGCGGGGCAUGGGCGAUGCGAGCUACGCCCCCGGAUCCGCGUCCAUCGAAUGGCGCAUCUCAUCACGCGAAAUCAGCAUGCUGAUGUCUCAAGACCGCGGCGGCGGCGUGGGAUGCCAUGCUACGUUGAGCGGGACAGUCGUGGGAGCACAGGAUGACGACGAAAACGGCGCUGGAUUCGACGACACCGCUGUCUCGCUAUCCACAGCGACAUACAACUACGACGACGAUCAAGCGUCCUCGUAUCAGUCCGCGCCGACCAGCACACCACAGCCCUCCAACUCGGCACAGGUGGACGAAAAGAGGAGGAAGGCGAAUAAGAUCCUCAUGCCGAGUGCGGCGACGGUGAGCUUCAGUGUAAAGGGCUGGCUGCCGAGUGGGAUCAAAGUGGAGAGUUUGAAUGUGGACCAGAAGAAGAGUAAGGGGUUGGGAGGGGGCGUGACGCCGUACAAGGGGGUAAAGUAUUUGUGUGUGAGUCGGAGGAGUGUGGAGUGUAGAUGUUAA